AUGACUGAUUCGGAUGAAGAAUCGGCUAAUUUACCUCGAUCGACGAUUCAAAAGUUUAUCAAGGAAGUCGUACCUGGCGUACGGGUAUCGAAUGAUGCCAAAGAUUUAAUUUCUAAUAUUUGUAAUGAAUUUGUCCAUAUGGUAUCGUCCGAAAGUAAUUCUAUUUGUAGUCAAAAGAAUAAAAAGACUAUUUUUCCGGAGCAUGUUAUCGAGGCUUUAAAGAAUUUGGGAUUUGAAGGUUACGUUGGUGAGUUGAAAAAGGUUUUGGGAGACUUAAAAACUGAGAAAGAGGAAAGGAAAAAGUGCUCUAAGAAGCUAGAAAAAUCGGGAUUUUCUCUUACGGAAUUAGAAAAACAACAGAAAGAAUUGUUCGAAAAAGCAAAAGAAGAACAAGCCAGGGAAGAACUUAUGGAAUGGAAUCAACUUGUCGAAGAAGAAAAAGCAGCAAAACAUGCUCAAUCUUCUAAAGCCCUUUAA